AUGAAGUGCACUAAGAACAAAUUCACCAAGAAAAUCUCCAUUCCCGGAGGCAGCCAAACUCUGACCCUCAACAAGGAGUGGCGCGUGGCAACCGUUGAGCAGAAGAGCAACCAGGGGGCAUGGAAAACCAUCUGGAACUAUGAUACGGGCUUCAUUGCAAGCAAAGUGCUGCCAGAGAGAGCUUGCUACAUCUCCAUAAUGAACCGAAAGAAGAUGCCCAGUUUCGAUGCUCUGCCCAGACUGGCUGAACAGGACAAUAGCCUGAAAGGACAUGGACACCCUUCAAAGGACAUCACAUUCACCCUCAUCAAGAGGCCUAUCCGUGACCUCAAGUCUUACGGCCCAGACAUCUUCUCUAUGUGCAGAGGACUCCCAACAUAUGUGGCUUAUGAAUAUCAUGGAGUUUCCUUCCUGGUGAUGCAGAUGCUGAGUUGUGACCAUACCUUUCUAAUAAAGACCUCUAGUAUGGAUUAA